AUGAACAUCGUCAAUCAGCCGAACCCAGUGAUCACUGCAGCUUCUGGAGACAACGUGACUCUACAUUGCCUUCGAGUGGAAGAAGGAGACACUGAUCCCAUCAUUUGGUACAAACAAGCAUUAGGACAUGAGCCUCGUGCAAUGGUCACAGUCCAGAAAGUAGUAAAAAAUCCCAUUUUUGAAGAUCAGUUCAACUCGCCAAGGUUUACCGUGGAGAAUUUAAUAGGAAGCUGCAAUUUGAAAAUUACUAAUGUGGAAACAUCAGACGAAGCCGUGUAUUACUGUGGAUUAAAAAAGUUUGCAAUAGCAUUUGGAAAAGGAACAUUUUUAUCUGUGAAAGGAGAUGGAGAUGUAAAAGUGUCAGUGUUCCAGAGCGGCGUGUCGGACUCGGUUCCUGCAGGAGCGUCAGUGACUCUGCAGUGCUCGGUUCUCUCUGAGAGCAGAUCAGCAGAUCUCCAAGUGCUCUGGUUCAGAGCUGCUCCACCACAAUCCCAUCCUCAAAUCAUUUACACUCAUCACAACAGCAGCCAUCAGUGUGAGAGCGGCUCUCCUACACACACCUGUGUGUACAACUUCUCCAAGAACAUCCUCAGCCUCAGUGAUACUGGAACUUACUACUGCGCUGUGGCCGUGUGUGGGAAGAUCAUUUUUGGGAACGGGACACGAGUACAGUUGGAGAGAUCUGUGGAUCCUGUAGUGAUCUACCUCGCUGUAGCUUUGGGAGUAUGUGUGGUCGUGAUCUUCGCUUUGAUCUUUGUCCUAACCUGUGAAAGGAAAAACUUUGACCAACGCACUGUGAGACUCAAACAAGGUUCUCUGACAGACAAGACGCUCGAUCAGGUAAAUAUUCAGGAUAUGUGA